GGCAUCAGUUCUUAGCUAACCGAACAAACAAACUUUAAAGAUGAAAUUCUUCCUUGUAUUCAUAAUGUUGAUUGUGGCAAUUACAGCCCAACGUAGACAUGGUCAUCAUGGAGGUGGCGGUGGUGGAUUUGGAGGUGGUUUCGGAGGCGGCCAAGGUGGAUUCGGAAACCAAGGUGGAUUCGGAAACCAAGGUGGAUUCGGAAACCAAGGUGGAUUCGGUGGUGGAAGGACUUCAGCCAGUGCUAGCGCUCAAUCAUUCUCUGGUCCCGGAGGCAGUGGUUCAGCUGCUAACGCUGAUACUGAUACCGGAACUUACGACCGUUAAAAUGUAUUAUACGAACAACAAAAAAAAGCUUUAGUUAAAUAAAUAUAUAGUGAACUUAUUAUUAA